UAUAUGUCUGAAACGUGCGGCUCAAGUUGAUUGCAGAGAAGAAGUAUGGCAAGAACAGCAUGCCAAAUCGAAGAUCGUGAUCAUAGCCAUUGCAACUGCAGCCUCUAGCGAGAAGUCGCGACAUAUCCAGAGCAUUCCGGCGCUUGAUAGCAUCCUGGACUUGUCACCCAUGCCCCAACGGGUGUGGCAACAAUCCAACCAUGCUCAUCCUAGCUGAGCGACAGCUUGGGCCAGAACCAACGCCGUUCGGUAGGGAAAUGCGACUUAGACAUUUCGACUUCGCCUCUAGCUACCGACCGUUCAACCAUGGGUCAUUCGGAACCUUCCCCAAGGCCGUCCGGCAGUACCAACAAUUUCUACAGCAACAAGCCCAGGAACGCCCAGACACGUUCCGUCGGAUUGCUUAUCCGGAACUAUUGCGUGAAGCGCGAGGUGCUGUUGCCCCUCUUCUUGGAGCACACGUGGACGAGGUUGUCUUGGUGCCCAACGCCUCCACGGCCUUUAACACGGUGGUGCGCAAUUUGGUCUAUGAAGAUGGUGAUGUUAUACUGUAUUUCAGUACGGUGUACUCUUCGUUCCUAAGAACGAUACAGUCGUUAGAGGAGACGACAGCUGUCCAAGGUCAUUCGAUAUCGCUUGUAUACCCAAUCGAGGACGAUGAGGUUUUGAACCUCUUCGAGAAAGCUAUCAUUGAUGUCCAAACGCAAGGAAAGAGGGUAAAGCUUGCUAGCUUCGAUACUGUCCUCACCUUCCCCGGUGUUCGCUUUCCUUGGGAGAGGAUGUUGGCCAAAUGCCGUGAAUUUGGCGUCAUGUCGUGUGUAGACGGAGCUCACGGGAUUGGCCACAUUUCGCUCUACCACAUGGCUGGCCUAGGACCAGACUUCUUCAUCAGCAACUGUUACAAAUGGAUCAUGGUGCCUCAAGGGUGCUCGGCCCUCUACGUGCCCUUCCGAAAUCAGCACUUGAUCAAGACGACGUUCCCCACGUCAGAGGAUUUUCUGCCGGAGCGGGAGAGACGAGGGAUGCCAGUUACAGACUAUUUCGUCAACCUCUUUAACAGGGUGGGCACCAUCGAUUUCACGCCAUACCUCUGCAUCAGCGAAGCUCUGAGAUUCAGGAGUGAGGUUUGCGGUGGCGAGGAGCAGGUUCGGGAGUACGGCAGCAGAAUUGCCCGAGAAGGGGGUAUGCUAAUGGCACAAAUCAUGGGCACUGAAGUGCUUGAAAACAAAACAAAGACGCUGUGCAGGUGCUGCUUCACCAACGUGCGCUUGCCCUUGACGUCCGAGGAAGCAGGUUGUCCCCAAGAGGCUGUCGCAACCGCGAAUUGGAUCUCGGAGAAGUCUAUUAUUGAGUAUGACAGCUACUUGCCUACCCGGUAUUAUAAUGGGGCAUUUUGGACGAGACUUAGCGGUCAGAUAUAUUUGGAACAUGCAGAUUUUGAAUGGGCAGCCCACACCUUGAUAGAGCUUUGCAAUAGAGCGCGGCAGGAGUUAGCACUGAGGGGUGUAUAAGGAGCAUGAUUACGAUUAGGCCUUGGCCUCUUACGCCGCAUUCUUCAGUGAAGCCAAUAUUGUCAUGAUAUCACCUUAUGCAGACUCGACCAGCACAUAUAACAGCAUCUGUAUCCGGGAUGCUGCGGGGUGCGGGCUUCUUACGCAUACAGCCCCUGCCG